UUAACUACCCAGGGAGAGUUUGAUAAAUUGUCCUGCGAAGGCCACACGGGUACGGGUAGUUUUUUUUUUUUUUUUUUAUAUAAAGCGUGUCUUAGCUCCGCCCGCUCGCACUGACUUUUGACAAGCGUAUGCAGCAACCAACCGGGUGAGUGUCGACGAAUCGAGCUCAUCCCCACAGUGGCGUCUUCUCUCCAUGCUGAAAACGUGCGAGCGCUCCUGGGCGAGAGGAAACCCGUGGACGACCGCAGUGAACGUGGUUUUGCUGCAGAUCCAGGGAGAGGAGCCUGUUUGCAUUCCAGUGCAGGUGCAAGACAAUGGAGGUGAAAAUCGAAGAGCAGGACGAAGACAACACUUUCAGCAACACUGACACUAAUGGUAAACGGCCAGCGGAGGACAUGGACGAGGAGCAGGCCUUCAAACGUUCUCGCAACGCAGACGAGAUGGUGGAGCUGCGUGUGCUGCUUCAGAGCAAAAAUGCCGGUGCUGUUAUUGGAAAGGGUGGCAAGAACAUAAAAGCCCUACGCACAGAUUACAAUGCCAGUGUAUCAGUCCCAGACAGCAGUGGCCCAGAGCGGAUCCUGAGUGUGAAUGCCAGCAUCGACACUAUUGGAGAGAUUCUUCUGAAAAUCAUACCAACUCUAGAGGAGUACCAGCAUUACAGUGGGAUUGAUUUUGACAGUGAGCUUCGCCUGCUGAUCCAUCAGAGCUUGGCAGGAGGCAUCAUCGGGGUUAAAGGUGCCAAGAUAAAGGAGCUGAGAGAGAACACCCAGACCACCAUCAAGUUGUUCCAGGAGUGCUGUCCACACUCCACUGACAGGGUCGUCUUGGUGGGAGGAAAGCCAGAACGUGUCAUUGAAUGUAUAAAAGUUAUCCUGGAGCUGGUGUCAGAGGCACCAAUCAAAGGUCGUGCUCAGCCUUAUGACCCCAAUUUCUACGAUGAGACAUAUGACUACGGUGGGUUCACCAUGUUAUUCGAGGAGAGAGGCAGACGACCAAUAGGUGGCUUUCCCAUUCGUGUGCGUGGGGGCUUUGAGCGCAUGCCCCCAGUUCGUGGCAACAGACCCAUGCCUCCCUCCAGAAGGGACUACGACGACAUGAGCCCCCGUCGGGGUCCCCCACCGCCACUGAGCAGAGGUGGACGAGGGGGCAGCCGUGCACGUAACCUGCCUCUUCCCCCGCCACCGCCACCAAGAGGAGGGGGAGACAGGUUCUCACAUGGCAGCUAUCACGGCAGCAUGGACGACAGACCAAGCGACAGAAGAGGCAGAGGAGACCGUUACGACAGCAUGAGCGGAGGCGGAUAUGACAACAAUUCUUCCUGGGAGCACUUUCAGUCCGGUGGUAGAGGCUCAUACAGUGACAUUGGAGGCCCAGUCAUCACAACACAAGUCACCAUCCCAAAAGAUCUUGCUGGCUCCAUCAUCGGUAAGGGCGGCCAGAGGAUCAAGCAGAUCCGCCAUGAGUCUGGGGCAUCCAUCAAGAUUGAUGAACCACUAGAGGGCUCUGAGGACCGCAUCAUCACCAUCACAGGAACACAGGACCAGAUCCAGAACGCCCAGUACCUGCUGCAGAACAGUGUGAGGCAGUACUCCGGGCGGUUCUUCUAGAAACAAGGAAGUGAAGAAGAAGAUUGAAGCCAUGCUGCCAUACUGUUUGCUCCUUUUAUUCAGAGCCUACAUUCCUCUGCUUUGGGUAGAUGUGCCCCCUCCCCUCACUAUCACACUCUACAACCAUCCAUCUAUCUAUAAAUUGCGAUUUUUAUUUUGAGGAGUUUUUAAAAAAAAUCUUAAGCUGUCAAACAGCAAACGAGGAGUCCACAACAUUUUUCUGUGCUGGUGUAAUUAUUUUUUAGGAGAGUCUUGUGCCGUCAUUGGAGUAAACUCAUCUGUGUGAUAACUUUUGGUGUUGUGUGCCGCCCCUGGCCCUUAUCUCCCUCAUUUCAGUACAGCAUGCAGAAUGUAAUCUUUUGUAAGGAACAUUACGUGAUUUAUUUGUUUUUGUUCCCCUCAAGCACACUCUUCAAAUGAAGAUGCAUGGUCUCUGGAUGGUUAAAUAACCAUUCUGCUUUUAAUUUUUACACAACAGCCAAGAUCCUUUUCCACUGUCAACUGAAGUGCUUUUUGUAAGAUGGGCUUUAAUGGAGAAGUUUGACAUUUUGGGGAAAUAUCGUUAUGUGUUUCUGGGAGAGGAAAAGAUCAUAUUGAUUGAAAAGAUCAAUACUUCGUGUGUGUGUGUGUGUGUGUGUGUGUGUGGCAAAUAUGAAGCUAUAGCCAGCAGCCGCUUAGCUUAGCAUAAAGACAGGAAACAGCUAGCCUGGCUAUGUCCAGCGGCAACAUAAUCCACCUACCAGCACUUCUAACGCUAACACUUUAUGUUUUGUUUAAUACGUACAAAAAGCAAAUUGUACUAAUAUAAAAUUGCCCUUUUUAGAGCAGGUGAUGUAUAGUUAGCUAGCUACCUGUGAGCAGUAAUUGAACUUCUCUUGUAACCCCAUGUAAAACAAUGAAUUGUUUUUAAUCCUCUUUUUUUUUUUUUUUUUUUUGGUUUGUUUGGUUUAAAAAACAAACAAUGUGUUAGUGCCUUUUUCUUUCAGGUGCUGGUACUGUAGUGUUCCACACAGCCAUGCUAGCUGUUUCCCUCUGUUUCCAGUCUUUGUGCUAAGCUAACCGGCUGCUAGCACUAACCUAGCUUCAGAUUUUGCUAAUGGACAGAUGAGAAGGUAUCAGCUCCCUCAUCCGGCUGGCUAACUCUGCACCAGAAACUGAAUGAGCGAAUUUUCCUCAAUGUCGUUCUUUUGCUUUUAAGUUGGGAUAAACGUGCCAGUGUGAUAUAGUUAAAAGAAAAUUUUUAAGAAUUUUUGUUUUUCAUUGAAAGACAAGGAGCUGUAUAAAGUGUGUGUAUAUAUUUACAUAGGAACAGUCAUUUCAUGAGUAGUUAAAAAGGCCCAGGAUACUUUCUCUUGGAAGAAGAUGGCACCAUAAGACAGGUUUGGUCAAUUUCUUUCUUUCUUUUUUCUCUCUUAUUAUUUGAUUUAUUUUCUGCCACUCACCGUGAUGGACUCUCUGUAAUGCAAACCUUAAUAUCUAAUCUGUUUAAAUCCAUUUAUUCUUGAUAAUUGUUUUUAAUUUUGACAGUUUUGGAAGCAUUUUUUUAAGCUGCAGUUUGAUGUAAGGAGUCCAUGAGUGGUGUUUUCUGUCCGGUCAUAUCUGUAUCUCUCUGUAUGAAAUGAUAUCUGUAGUACCUGCAGGUGUUGACUAAAUAAACUCUGUGUUACAGUUCAA